UGAGCUUUCACGAAGCUGGUCGCAUACACAAUGGCUCGUUACCUCAGUGUCGCCGCAGCGUUGGCUGCUACUGGAGCAUGUGCGCUCACGCCCGAGCUACUUCUCAGCACUAUUCGUCGUGGUGCUGCUGAUCCCAGUCCCGAUGGCACAGUUGCUCUGUUCUCGCAGUCGCAGUACUCUUUCGAGAAGCACAAGGGCAGCUCAACCAUGAACCUGAUUGACCUCACCACCGGCGAGGUCACUGAAUCGGGCCUCGAUGCCAGCGCCAUCAAUGAGGUCGCAUGGAUUCCUGGUAGCAAGACUGGUAUCAUCUAUAUCAAUGGCACCAACGAGGAGAUCCCCGGUGGUGUCACCCUGUGGGUUGGCGACAUCAAGCACCCCAACCUGAGCACCAUGGUUGCUUCUUUGGACGCACCGUACUCCGGAUUGAGGGUCGCCAACACCUCCACCGGCGACAUGCAUUUCCUGGUCAACUGCAUGGCCUACCCCAACGGCACUGCAGUCAACCCUGAGACCCAAGCCAAGUCUCACUCAACCGCCCGCUACUACUCGGACAUCUAUGUCCGCCACUGGGACACCUGGCUGACCAAGAACCGAUACCAGCUCUUCGCCGGAACUCUUUCGGCCAACAACAGCUAUGCUCUCUCAGGCGAGGGUAUGCGAAACCUCCAGAAGGGUAUCAAAUUCACCACUACCCAGCCCGAGACUCCCAUUCAGCCCUUUGGCGACUCGAGCGACUACGCCAUCAGCCCCGAUGGUUCCAUGUACGCUUUUGUCAGCAAGGCCCCUCAACUCAACAAGGCCAACUAUACCGCGUCCUACGCUUACGUCGGUGCUUUUGCCUCCAAUGACGCCCCCGUCGCCAUCAACGGCCCUGGCUCGGAGAUGUUCGAGGCCGGCCACCAGGGUGCUUCUGGUCAGCCGUCUUUCUCCAAGGACAGCUCCAAGCUCGCGUACAUCCAGCAAGAUGAGGACUACUAUGAGUCGGACAGGUGGAUUCUGUACACUGUCGAUGUUGCCGCCAAGGAUCAAGGCGUCGCUGUCAGCAACUGGAAGACUCUGAGCGCUGGCUUUGACCGCUGGGUUCAAGGACCCCUUACUUGGGCCCACGACUCUUCUUCCAUCUACGUCACUGCUGAAGACUAUGCCCGUGUCAAGAUCUUCAACUUCCCCGUCACUGCAGAUGAGAAGUUUGUUCCCGAGCCAUUGACAUCAAACACUUCUGUCUCGGCCUUUGCUCUUCUUCCCGACAGCUCGCUUUUUGUUGCCGCCACGGCCAUCUGGACUCCUAGCGAAUGGUACCUUCUUUCCAAUGGCACCAAGAAGACCAUUCUCGACGCAUCCCAGAUUGACCCCAACCUUGCUGGUCUCGGCGCUCACACCGUCUCGGAGAUUUUCUUCAACGGCUCCAACCCCGCGCUCAAGCAGCAGCUCCAGGCGUAUGUCGUCAAGCCCACUUUCUACAAGGAGAAUGUCACUUACCCGCUCGCCUUCUUGAUCCACGGAGGUCCUCAGGGAAGCUGGGGUAACAGCUGGUCCAACCGCUGGAACCCACAGGUCUGGGCCGACCAGGGCUACAUUGUUGUCGCCCCCAACCCAACCGGUUCCACUGGUUUCGGUCAGUUCCUGAUUGACUCGAUCCAGGGCCAGUGGGGUAGCUGGCCAUACCAAGAUCUGGUCAACGCUUGGAACUUCAUCGACACCAACCUUCACUGGAUCGACACCAAGAACGGCAUUGCUGCUGGUGCCUCGUACGGUGGUUACAUGACCAACUGGAUUCAAGCCAACGACCUUGGCAACCAGUUCAAGUGCCUUGUUACUCACGACGGUAUCUCCAACACCGAGGGAGCCUGGGCAUCCGAGGAGCUCUGGUUCAUCCGCCACGACUACAACGGCAGCAUCUGGGAAUCUCCCGCCUACCGCGAGUGGAACCCCCAGAACCACAUUGCCAACUGGUCUACCCCUCAGUUUGUCAUUCACAACACACUCGACUACCGUCUGCCUGAAAGCGAUGGUAUCAGCCUGUUCAACAUUCUCCAGGCCCGUGGUAUCCCUAGCAGAUUCCUCAACUUCCCUGAUGAGAACCACUGGGUGCUCAAGCAGGAGAACAGCUUGGUGUGGCACACGGAGAUUUUCAACUGGAUCAACCACUGGUCCAAGGGUGAGCCUCUGAGCGACACUCCUAUUGGUAACUAGGUGUGUUGCUAGUGGGAUUGAGGAACAAGCAAUUUGUGUGUCUUGUUACGUAGUAUUGAUAAAUGUCUAAUGAACAUAA